AUGCAUACCACAAAUGAGUAUCCUCCCGUCGAAGUCGACAACGAGAUCAAGGGCAGGUUGGCUUUGAUUACCGGAGCUUCUGGCGGUAUUGGUGCCGCAUGCGCACGACAACUUGCAGCUCAAGGUGUACAUCUGGCACUCACCUACUCAUCCAAUCUGAAAUCAUGCCAAAGACUCGUUGAUGAACUCAAGAGCGAGCCGGGCAAUGCGGAUCUCAAAAUCACCAUUCACAAAGCGGAUCUUUCUAGCAUUGAAGAGACGACAGCAUUGUGUCCGGAGGUCGUCAAGCAGCACGAGCGUGCAAUCGACAUUCUCGUAUCUAAUGCCGGAUAUGGCGUCAGGAUUCAGAACGUGUGGGAGAUCCCUCUCGAAGAGUUCGAGCACACUAUCAACGUCAACCUUAGGGCUACCUUUUUACUAGUCAAGGGUGUUGUCGAGGGCAUGAGGGAUCAAAGAUGGGGUAGAAUGAUAUUCAUCUCAAGCAUCGCUGCCUAUGGAGCAGGUAUCAACGGUUGUCACUAUGCUGCCUCCAAAGGCGGAUUACAAUCAAUGAUGAAGAACCUCUCUUCUCGUCUGGCACCGUACAAUAUCUCGGUCAACGACGUAAGCCCCGCAAUGGUUGGUAGUACUGGCCUUUUGCCUUCUGCCGACAGUGUGCCUGGAGUUGUGGACAACAUCCCACUGCAGCGUCUUUGCGCACCCGAAGAAGUCGCGAAUGUUGUCUUGAUGUAUGCCAAGACCGGGUUCGCUACUGGUCAAUCGUUAGUCGUUGGAGGUGGUUUGCGUUGA